AUGUGGAAAUAUUUAAAUAGUUUUAGAAGAAAAGAUAGAGACGGAGAGGAGGUGGAGGUGAUUCAUCACAAUCAGCUGAAUCUACCCAAUUGGAUAGUAAAACAUAUCAUUCAUAUACUACAAUACAGUACAUACAAUGAAUCGAUAGAUUAUGUGGUUGGUGGAGGAGGACGAGGAGGGGGAGGAGCAUUGUUGGACAGUCAUCAUGCAAGACUCAACCAUUACUCCAACUACCUCUACUUGUCAUUGGUCUGCAGUUACUGGUUCAAGAAUAUAGUACCGUCGUCGGUCAAGGUGCAUCGUAUCAUUUGUUCAAACUACCAAAACCAUAGUUACAAGUUGUUGGGUAAGAGUGUCUACACUAGAUAUCCAAAGUCUGCAUUGACAAACUAUGACCAAUCAUUACAAAGAUUUAUAAAGGACGUUCGACAAGACAACGAAAAAGAAGAAGAUGAAGAAGAGAAGAAUAAGAAGAAAAAGAGUCAAAUUGAAGAACUAAAGUCGAUCAAGAUCAAGAGCAACACUACACUCAUCCCACAACACCGUGAUUACCAUGUAGCUGGAUUCUACCAAGCCCAAUUAUUCCAAUUUAUACCCAACAAGUUGUUAUUGACUCGUUUACGUAUCGAUGACUUUCUCUAUCCAUUUCAACAUAUUCUUCAAGGUAGUGAUGAUAGAAUAGUUGCUGUCGACUCAUCAAAUAACAACAACAACAACAGUGAUGAGGUACAAUCUACACUUCCACAAUUUCCAAACUUAACUUCACUCUAUAUCAACAAUCUACAUCCGACUAUUGAUCAUAAAGAACCACGUCUACAUGUCAGUCAGAUGUUUGAACAGAUUCAAACGACGUUGAAACAACUCACCUUUCUAGCCAUCAGAUCGAUUAAAUUUAUCGAUCCACAGGAUCUAGUCACUGCCAUUGAUUCACUACCCGUCCUCUCCCACUUUAAAUUCUCCAUCACUCCACUUCUAGACAGUACACCCAGUUCAAUGAGUACAUUCAACGAUCGUAUCCUCGCGUCACACUCUGUCUCCAUCCCAUUACUCGAGUAUCUAGAGUCCAAUCACACCAUCAAACGGUUCUCAUAUAGUCUCGAGCAAGACAUUGAACCAUCCAGAAUCACCGAUGACAAUGAAAGAUCAACACCACUCAUUGAUUAUCCCCAAGACCAACUAAAUCAACUUGACCAAAAAAUCAUUCAAAUUCAAUGUAGUAUUAAAAGUUUAGUUAAAAAUAAUGAAUCUAUUCAAUAUUUAAGUCUAUCCUCCUCAUCCUCAUCCUCUUCAUCAUCCUCUACCAACAAUAAUACUAAUAAUAAUAAUAAUACUAAUAAUAAUGUACAAUUUAAUUUAACAAAUCAAGAAUUUAUUGAAUCACUAGUUAAUUCAAACAAUAUUGGAUUGAAAUCAAAAUUAUCAAUUUUAAAGAUUGAUAAAUGUUUAUCAACCUUUAAAGAUUUCAACAGCAACAUUGUUAAUAUUAAUAAUAGUGUACAAAUAGUAUCAAAGAAAAAAGUACACAAAUUCAAUGAUGCAUUUAAAUUGGAAAUGAAUACAAGGAUAAAAGAAAGUAUUAAUGAAUUAAGAGAUAGACAAAUAACCUAUUAUAGAAAAGCAAUUAAAGCUUAUUAA